GACCCCGUUUCUCCGGACCUCAGCCUCUCCACCAGCCAGCCGGUUUCCUUUUUCCGGCGCUCCGGGUGCGAGAGCCAGCCAGGUCGCGGCCGCUCGGGCGGUGGGCUUCGGGGUAACCCCGGCACGCGACUGAGGAUCCCGAGAACGGCUAUCGCUCCGUGAAGGGCAGCGUGGGCGCCAUGAGCAACGCGGGGCUGGAUUCCGAGAAGGUCGCCUCUCUGAUCCAGAAGCUGAAUUCGGACCCCCAGUUCGUGCUUGCGCAGAAUGUCGGGACCACCCACGACCUGCUGGACAUCUGUCUGAAGAGGGCCACGGUGCAGCGCGCCCAGCACGUCUUCCAACACGUGGUGCCCCAGGAGGGCAAGCCGGUCACUAACCAGAAGAGCUCGGGACGGUGCUGGAUCUUUUCUUGUCUGAAUGUUAUGAGACUUCCGUUCAUGAAAAAAUUUAAUAUUGAAGAAUUUGAGUUUAGUCAGUCUUAUGUAUUUUUCUGGGACAAGGUUGAGCGCUGUUAUUUCUUCUUGAAUGCUUUUGUGGAUACAGCUCAGAAAAAGGAGCCUGAGGAUGGGAGGCUGGUGCAGUAUUUGCUUACAAACCCUACAAAUGAUGGUGGGCAGUGGGAUAUGCUGGUCAAUAUCAUUGAAAAAUAUGGCGUUGUCCCUAAGAAAUGCUUCCCUGAAUCUCAUACAACAGAGGCAAGCAGAAGAAUGAAUGAUAUUCUGAAUCACAAGAUGAGAGAAUUCUGUAUACGGCUACGGAACCUGGUACACAGUGGAGCAACCAAAGGAGAGAUCUCAGCUACCCAGGACACCAUGAUGGAAGAGAUUUUCAGAGUGGUGUGCAUCUGUUUGGGUAAUCCUCCAGAGACAUUCACCUGGGAGUAUCGAGAUAAGGAUAAGAAUUAUCACAAGAUUGGCCCCAUUUCACCCUUGGAGUUUUACAGAGAACAUGUCAAACCACUCUUCAAUAUGGAAGAUAAGAUUUGUUUUGUGAAUGAUCCGAGGCCCCAGCACAAGUACAACAAACUUUACACCGUAGACUACUUGAGCAAUAUGGUUGGAGGGAGAAAAACUUUAUAUAAUAACCAGCCCAUUGACUUCUUGAAAAAAAUGGUUGCUGCUUCCAUCAAAGAUGGAGAGGCUGUGUGGUUUGGCUGUGAUGUUGGAAAACACUUCAAUGGCAAGCUGGGACUCAGUGACAUGAAUGUCUAUGACCAUGAGUUAGUGUUUGGUGUCUCCUUGAAGAACAUGAAUAAGGCUGAGAGGUUGGCUUUUGGUGAGUCACUUAUGACCCACGCCAUGACCUUCACUGCUUUCUCAGAGAAGGAUGAUCAGGAUGGUGCUUUUGCAAAAUGGCGAGUGGAGAAUUCAUGGGGUGAAGACCAUGGCCAUAAAGGUUACCUGUGCAUGACCGAUGAGUGGUUCUCUGAGUUUGUCUACGAGGUGGUGGUGGACAGGAAGCACGUCCCUGAAGACGUGCUAGCUGUGUUGGAACAGGAGCCCAUUGUCUUGCCAGCAUGGGACCCAAUGGGGGCUUUGGCGGAGUGAUAAUGCCUCCGGCACUUCCCUCCUCCCCUGGGACCUGACGUAGCUGCUGAGGACAGAUCCAGGGACUGAAGCCAAAGUUUCAUGGGUGGCAGUGUGUUCCCACAAAACACAGUCAGACUCUUGGAUUUCCAGGCUCCUCCAGAAACCUCUUCGGGGAAGAGUGCUUUACGGUGAAACACAAAAUAUUCAUAAAGGAAAACAAGGGAAAGGUCAGGUCAUUAUCUACUCAUCUCCAACAGCUCAGGAUCUCUUAGCGUUUUAAUCAGAUGUAAUUGUUUGUUCUAACUGUCAAAAGGUCUUCAGUGUCUGUUGUAGUAAGACAUAAAAAUAUGAGCAACUGAGGAGUAUGAGAGAAAAUGGACUUCAUGCUCUUUGUUACUAGAGUAGCGUGGGAGAGGGUUGGCUAAGAUUUAGCUCUCAAAAACUGCAUGCUUCCUCACAGAUCGCUGUCCUUCCUAGAUGGCAGUCACUACAUUCAGUUUUUUUCAAGGUAAUUUCAUGUGCCUCUCUGCUAACCCAAGAAUGGGAGGUUGAUCAGGUCUGACAUGAUUCCUUCCUGUUGCUCUGAACUGUGGGGUGCAGCUUUGCUUGCAGGUUAAAUAGAGGCUUAGAGAAAGUGGGUGAGAGAAAACCAAAACCUUAUCACAGUCUCAGUUAUAAUCAUGGGGCUCUCGCCAAGUGGCUUAACCUCUGCCUCUGCAUUGGGGUUGGGUGUGCAGGAAAAGGUGAUACUCAUUCUUUCUGACAACUAGAUGGUGCUGAGAAGCUUUUGAAUAAAACACUUUGCUAAAUGA